GUUUUUUGCCGCGAAAAUGCCGCAUUAUGCGAGUGUUCAGAUCGUGCCCACUCCCGUCUGCGAGGAUAUCUACGGGGUUCCCGAGAAUUACACGGAUAUGUUCGUCUCUGUUAUUUGCGCCAUCGGUGAAGACAAGGGAUCUUGUCAGGAUGACUCGGGCGGUCCGCUCGCGUGUUUCCAUGACGGCCGCUGGACCCAGGUGGGCGUGGUAAAUUCAGGAGCUGUAUGCGCUCACCCACUUUACCCCGUUAUCUACACGCGCGUUAACCACUUUUACGACUGGAUAGAGACUGUCUUCGAUUCUAACUGAGCCAACUAAACUCCACGAAUCUUUGCAUCCGUGGUUAAUGCACGAGUAGUGGUUCAUUUUGGAAGAUACUGUUUAACAAAGUGGACAGUUUGAACUCCAGUGUAUAUAUAUCGAGUAUAUGUAUACUUUGGCGUACAUCUUCUCCCAACUUUACACAGCAUUGGAAUAUAACAUGUAACCUUUUCAUCUCUGUUUGU